GACUCGAGCCUCUGCUCCCCUCCCCACGCGUUGCUACAGCGUCACCUGCAUGCCCCCAAAGUGCUUGGGCUAAACCCGCAGAGUGUUGCAUACUGCGAAGCGAUUUUCUUUGGGGGGGGAGGGGGGGCGGGGUGGAAGGGUGCAGCAGUGCCUUAAUUUACCCUUAGCGGUGCCUUGCACAAACCACGUCGCCAAGAUGCCGAAAGGAUUUUUAGUGAAGAGGAGCAAGAGGUCCAGUGCCAUGUCUUACCGGCCCCGUGCCGGUGAAGACAAUGGCUUGAGCCCUGUAAUGUGGCUUUCCCCGCCAGACAGCACCUACCCGGUGAACCUGGGCACCACCUGCACGGCCGUGUCCCCUCUGCCCUCCAGCUACCCACCGCCGUGCUCUUCCGCCUUCUCUGGCCGUGACCAGGAGCCAUCUGUGGGGUUUGGCAGCCCGGACUCUGGCUAUGCCUCUUACAGUCCCACCAGGGCCGUGAGCCGAGAGGACGCGGUGUUGGGUUCGCCAGCGUCGGCUGCGCCCUAUCCCGGCCAAAGCGUCUUUCCUAGCCUCGAGCAGAUGCUGCUGGCCGCGCCUUCGGCUCUGCAGCCAAGCAACGUGGAGCUGAAACCGAGGUCGGGCCUCCCGAGCAGCUCACCCACGGCGGGUGCCAAGCGGCCCUCGCCCGAACCCGCCGAGCGCAAAAGUAGCAAAGUGGCCGCAAAAAAGCCCAAGGCGGCGCGCAGGUUAAUCUUCGAGGACAACGUGACCAUCUCGCCCGUGCUGGGGCUGCGGAUCAAGGAGGAGCCCGUGGACGCGAAGCCCAGGUCCUCCCGGCCCAUGGGGGGAGGGUACGUGUGCCAGCUGUGCAAGGAGGAGUACGGUGACCCGUUCGCGCUGGCGCAGCACCGGUGCUCGCGCAUCGUUCGAGUCGAGUACCGCUGCCCCGAGUGCGACAAAGUGUUCAGCUGCCCGGCCAACCUGGCUUCCCACCGGCGCUGGCACAAGCCGCGCCCCAGCCCAGCGAGCGCCACGCCGGGGGGCAAAGCGGACGCAGAGGUGCCGACUGCGGGGGCCACCACCACCACCACCGCCGCCGCUGCUGCUGCUGCUGCUACCGCCGGCGCUGCUCACAGCGACGGCUCAUGCGACCGGGAGAUGCCGAGUCGCGCCUCCACGCCCUCGGAAGCCGGCUCCGAGGAUGGGCCCUACGAGUGCCCGCGCUGCAGCAAGAAGUUCCGGCGGCGCGCCUACCUGCGCAAGCACCUGCAGAGCGUGCACGAGGCGGCCGUGGUCGAGGCGGUCACCUCGUCGUUCCCUUGCCAGCUGUGCGACGAGGUGUUCCCGGUCCCCGAGGGCCGCGAGCAGCACCUGCUGGAGCACGGGUUGCCUCGGAGCGGCGGUGUCGGCAGCGGUGGCAUUGCCUCGGCGUUCACCGCGCAGGCGGCUUACGUCUUGGACAGAGAUGGUGCGUCUGAGCAGCGGCUGGCCCUCCACCCACGGGACCUCUUCCCUUGCAAGUUCUGCCCCGCGACAUUCUACAGCUCCCCGGGACUCACGCGCCACAUCAACAAGUGCCACCCAUCUGAGAACCGCCAGGUGAUAUUGUUGCACAUGCCCCUGCAGCCGACUUGCUAGGCGGAAAAAAAAGGAAAAUUCGUCGGAGCGCUUGUUACGUGCCUUGUCGAUUUAAGAGAGAGGGAAAAAAAACGUCGUAUAAAGCCUUCGUCGAGACUGAAUGUUCACAACGAGAAGAGUUGUUGGGGACACCGCUGACUGACCUCCGCUCAAUUAAACUCUCUGCUUGAAGCGCCGAAGGGUAAUGGGAGCAUUCACGGUACUUCACAAGGUUACUCAGCUUUUUUUUUCCCCUCCCGUAGCGAUUAGGAUGCAGUUAUAGCACGAAGCUUUUGUAACACUGUCGCCUUAGCAUAUAGAAAAGCCAAAUGUAGGUUACGGGAGCUCUUCACGAUAUUACUUUUCGUGGCUUUAUCGAUGUGUGUAAAUAUUUGGUGAGAACCGCUUUUUUGCUAUUUAUCGGAGAGAAGAUUAAAUUAAGCGUAGUAACUGUAUUUUAUUAAAACAAAUAUUUUGUAAUGUACUUUUCUAUAGAUGUGCUUAAAUAUAAAGUAGAAUGUACUAUUUUUGCAGCUUCGUACAAGUAGGGAAAUAAAGUUUUAUCUAUCAUGUUUAGGAAAUAUCGUGUGCAAAUCGUUGCAACUUGGCACAGGCCCACGACUUUGUACGCCGAAUGGCUAUUUACUUAUUGCAAUUCACGAUUAGAGGCCCUAUUUUUAAAACGCAGUUUUGCUACUGUUUUUUGUGUACUAGAUAUUCUAGCCUUCCAAAGUGUACAUGAAAUGUCACCGCUUAAUUACGUAAGUAAUUGUACUCUUGUUUUACAAGUUUUAUCGCGGAAAGCAAUGUCUGUUUUUGAGACCCGUUUGUAUAGAUUUCGAUUCAAUAAAUUCCUGUCCUGUU